UAAAAGAAACGUAGACAGUACAAUCCAAGAAAAUAGGAUACCCCAUUCAUUGCAACACAUUAGGAUGACUUCUCUCCACCAACCACCUGGGAGUACCAAUUCCCGCAGUAGCAGGGACCACCAAGGAGCUCCGUCGCCUGCGCAGCUCGGCGGCUACCUGAUCCUUUGUUCCGUUGAUUUGGUAACAAAUUACGCCAAAGGUUCCUUGGAGAGCCGCUUCGAAUGCACAGCAGAACUGGUCCAGCAACGCCAGAGUGGUGGACAACGGAGCACUACAUCCUCUUCUAGCUCUUCUUCCAACAUUGUAGAACAAAAGCAAAUCCUAGCGAAAGGACCUGUGCCCUCGACAUCCGAAAAUCACAUUCUGCUGGACUUGUCCAAAGCCCGCAAAGAUGACGUAAUUAAGAUCACAGUGAGGGAUCUAAACCCUGGUCGUAGGUCGAAAAACAGUGGAGCUCAAGCUGCAGGAGGACGUGGGAAUGACACAAAGGACAGCACAACAAGCAGUAAUAAUGAACACCAAGAAGAAGAACAUGUGGGUCGUGACAGAGACAGAGACAGUGCAUCAACGUCAACCUCUCUCAUGGUUGGAAGUUGCCUCCUCUCCUGUCCACAAUCCUUCUCAACAUGUGCAGAGAACAGUAGUCGAGGAGCCUCCAAGACCUCGCCUCCGCUUUGCAACGGAGGUGUGUACGUCCUAGAUCGUUGGAUGCCACUAGAUGGAGCAAGAUAUCAGUUCGAACGUGGAGCUAGCAAAAGGAGCACAACUUCUGUGAGUGGGGCGAGUAUAUCACUUAUGACUUGGAAGAGACAUUGACUUUGACUUCUUUGACGGGUGAAGGAGGGGGAGCAUGUGAACUACAACAUGAGGGCAAGAAGACCUACUUGAAGAGUACCCAUUGGUACUUCCCUUCCAUGCGAAUUCUGCAUUUCGUCCCUUUCAUAUCACAACUCCGAGUCCUCUGCAAGUACGUGCCAGCUGAUGCAGCUAUUGCAGAAUCAGACAUCGAUCGUACCUUCCAUUGCCAAGACAUUCUGAUCUUAGCUUUGCAGUCUCUUUCGGUCGGGGCGGUCUCUUCGCCACAAACUGGUGGCGGUGGGUUAUGAUUGAGUUCUUCGUAUUCUGCUCCUUCGUAGUCUACUUGUUGUUCUUCGUAGUCUACUUCGUUCUCAUCUUCAUCUUCAUUCUUAGAGAAACUCCACAUGACGUUGCUCAACCUGUACAUCCACUUCAAGAAUAGGGUUAGUAAUGAAGCACGUAAUUAUUAUUAUUAUUUAAAAAUGAAAUAACAGUUGUCCCUUCUCGCCUCUUCUAACAGGAGGCAUCAACCCCGGAGGUACCGGAGGUAGUGGUAGUAAGAAGCAUCCCACAACCCGUGGUCAAAAUUGUGAAGAUGACGUCGUCUUAGCAUCUACACAGUCCUCAAAUCGUGGUGCGUUGACCCACGUUGCUGCGCCGUUUCUUUUCGUCUCGGAUGGUGGACCGACUACUCAAUUAAGGCUGAAGCAUUGAGAAGCAUUUAAUUGACUUCAAUUUUCUAUUAGCUAGUUUGUUUGUUAGCUGUCUUACUAUUUGAUCUCCCUGCCUUUCCCCCUGCUGCUUGCGCUUACUUGCGUCCUCGGCCUUUGCUCUUCUAACUGACGCUGCAUCUGCAACUUCGGGUCCAAACGCACUUCCUUUCGGCUCACGCAUGGCGUCAAGAGCGUCGGUGCGAAAUUCAACUGUCGGAGGUGAUACUGCACCGCCUAGCAAGCUGAGUGUCAAUAGUGGAGGAAUGGGGACGAGUAAGAAUGUUUAUGCUGAUGUUGAAAGGAAGAUAAUGAUUCUGAUCGCCAAAUUUUUAAUCUCACAGGAAGAGGAACACCUACCAGACCUGCACGCUUGAUGAUUAUAUUGUCCACCAGUUGUAGUUGCCAACAUACGCCCCAUGCCCGUGCCCAGCCUCCUCUAACUUCCCCGCCAAUCCACAUCCGCUGCAGCAUCCCAGCAAGCCUCAGCACAAAGUCGCUUCACCGUGACCACACCAAGCUCCGUUACCUUAGAAGGCCUGAAGUCGCGAGCGGUGAAUUUUGCGCCACCUCCUAGAGGCUCAGGAGGAUCUGUAGUCUUCAGAAAUUUGAGGGAGUUCGAGGAGAGCUGUGCGGAACGAACCAGACCAUAUCAAGAGAUGGUCGAGUUGCUGGAAACGAAGUUAGAGGCAGCGGGGUUGGAGAAAGAAGAUGUGGAAAUGUAAUCUCUGCUCGUUCAUUUUUGAAUCCUUUUGAUGACGUGACGAUAGUCUAGAGCAAUACAACCUUGAAUGUAUCUAUUCAUGAAAAGUGAAAUUAGUAAAAACGCGUUUGCAACCACAGAUACAAACGUGCCGCUAACUCUUUUCGAACGCAGCACAACACUGUACAGGAUAAGUUACGGGAAUCGUUAAACCUUUUUGAGUCACGUAUCACCGAACAGAACGAGUUGGUAGAACAGAAGACAGCGGAGAUUGCUGCACUGCAAGCGCAAGUGAACGAAGUACUUAAAUACUUAUUUUUUAGAAGAUGAAUGAGUUGUUUUACUCACGAUACAACUCUCUGAUGUCUUCCUCUUCCUCCGUUUAUUUGCUUAAUAUCGACAUGAAGGAGGUGCAAUACAUCCGACCAGGUUCGCGCCUCUCGCGAUUCUCUGCUCGAUGAAGUCACUCUCAGUCGCAACGCUGCUGCAAUGUCGGAAACUAGUGCCACUGAUCUUGGCGUCUUGCAGAAACAAGUGAAAGUUUUUGAUAAGUUACUCAAAGACGAAAAAGCGGCUGCGGAGUCAUCCGCAGAGCGAAGGGAGAAAGAGAUCGUAAGACUGCGUGACGAAUUGAGCAAAUUUCAAGAACAGAUGGAGCAGUUGGCAGAACACGUUACGAAAGUCGAAGGCGAAAAAAUGAGUCUUGCAGAUCGGUUGAAGAAGACUCUGGGGAUAUUGACUACGGAGAGGAAACAAGCGGCAGAUUGGAGACUGGAAAGAGUGGAGCUGUCGUCGAAGUAACAUACUGUAACUUGCUUUUAUUUAUAAAUAUUCAGUACAACUGGGUUGUUAGUACUUGGGCAUUUAUUUAUGUGGGAGAAAGUCGCCCGCGAGGCGUAGGUUCUUAGAGAAAACAAUAACAUUAACAACGUAGCUUGGUGGAGAAAACAAUUUAAGAACAACAACAACAAGAAGAUGUUUUCGUAAAAACACAGAGUCGAAUCCCUCGAAGCGGACCUCCGCACAGUGACGUACAACAAAUCGCUAGUUCAGGACUUGAAGAACCAAGUGACGCGACAGGAGGAACAGCUCGAGACGAGAUCAAAGCAGAUGGAGGACAUGAAAUCAACUUUUGAAGCACAGUUGAAUAGGGAGUUGGAGACGCAGAAGAGAUUGAUUAGGGUACUUACUUUGUCGCAAUCUUUAGAUUUUUUAGUACUCAUUUUCAUUUUGUUUUUCUUGUUCAAGAUCAACUACAUCUUGACCAGGACAACCAACCCUCAGCACACCUACUUCACAGGAAAAACAAGAAGCUACUCAACUAGCUCGCGAAGCUAAUAAGAAAGCCAGUCCAACCGGGAUGACUCCGCUUCAGAUGAGCGCGUCGAAUCUUCAAACCGAAUUGAAACUACAAAGUGCUAGGGUGAUCGAACUCGAGCACAAACUGAGUUUAGCUGGCGAUGUGGAGAGUUAGGGCGCAAGAAUACAAUUCAUUUCUACGAGUCAUUUUUCUCUGUUUUCUUCUUGUAAGAGUCUGAGAAAAUGAAACCACGAAAAUAAAAUGAAUUAGUUGCGCUCUUCUAAGAGAGGGAAAAAGACCAAGCGUUGAGGUUUGCAGAAUCCUUGGAAAAACGGAUCGCGGAAUUGCUCUUCGAAACCGAGGAAGGACAAAAGAAGUUCGAAAGCCAUCUGGCGAACGAGAAGGAUAGAACGGAAUUGUUGUUAAGGUCCAUCAAGGCUAUAUUCGUAUUCAUUGGUGGUAGUGCUAGUACUGACUCAACAGUUGCAGUUCAUCUUAAUCUUCGGUAUGGAUAUGUUAUUGGACAGUUGCAGUUGAUCUUAAUCUUCAGUAAAUGAGGUCGGUAUGGAUAUGUUAUUGCUUUGCUCCUUUCUAGUAUCUGUGUUCUGUGGCGUUGAUGAAAAUCUUUAUGAAGGCUGGAUCGGUUUGGUCAUAAAAGUAAGUAUGAAAAUCUAGAAAUAUCUAAAUCUCGAUAUCGUCUGCCAGUACAUGAUACCCACUUCUAAUCCCCGAAAAAGACAAUGCAGACUUGAAGAAGCUUCUCCAAGAAAUUCAACCGGAGUUUCACAAACUGCAGACAGAACUCGAGCAAUCCAGCUUCCAGGUGAAGGAGAUGGAGGCUCGAUGUAUCAUAAGUGACGAGGAGAAGCUACUGCAGAAAGAGCUGAAAGACCAAUUUUCGGAUUUGGGAAAAGCGAAUUAUGAGAUGAAUUCAUAAGCAUAACUGCUAGAGCUAGAGGACCUAUAUGAGUUUUGAUAAGUGUACAGGUCAACGCCUAAACGCAGUUGGCUUAGUGGUUUUCUAGGCGUUGACCUGUACACUUACCAAGUUCCACUUUCAUCAUCGUUCAACCGUAUUAACAUUAUCCUCUCGUCUCUAAUUACCCGAAGACCUUCGUGCCAAAGUCCGCCUACUCGAGGCUGAGAUCGUCGACCGCAAUACUCGUCUGUGGAAUGAGUAUAUACCUGCGAUAGAGCAAAAACGACAUGGUCAUGGAGGUUCAGCAGCAUCAGCAAGUACUAAUGUAGGAGGAGGAGGGCCACCGUCAUCGGCAUCGAAUUCGACUCUUUUCGCCACUUCAACACGCCAAGGAGGUUACCAAAGUCAGAGCAGUGGACAGAACCUAUCAGGGUCUGGAUCAUCUUCUUCGGCUGCAGCCCGUCAUCACCAUCUUCUUGGCUCGAAUAAGAAACCCCGAGCGAGUAGCCCUGGCAGUCGACUUGGGGCGCAGUCACUACCAGGAUCUAAUUUAGUCUCAACACCGGGAAGUAGUUCGGUUUUGUUAGGAAUGCAUCGGGUUCCUGUUGGUCAGCAUGAUCUUCCUAUGCAGAGUAUUAAUUAUGUACAAAAUGAUUCCGGCACCAGCGGUCCUCCAGGAGACAGCACUGGUACUUUUUACCGAUACACGCCAUGCAAAGGCGACGCUGUCGACAGAGCACUCGCCCAAAUGGUGAACGCAGCAAAACCGCCUGUGCCGUUUUAUCGUCUCUCGGCUGGUAUUUAUCUUUACGGCAGUCGCAAAGUACUGGUGAAGUUGACAAAACAGAACCGAUUGAUAUUCCGCGUAGGAGGUGGCUAUUGUAGCUUCGAACAAUUCUUAGAGCGGUUCUCAACGGAAGCGGAGGCCGGUUUGGGAGUUUCUGAGGUGUGGGAAUAACUUUGCAAUAGCACCAGUAGAUAGUGAAUAGAUAGUAGGUAGACUAGGUCUAGGUGGAUAUCAAAGAUGCAUCUGUAACAGAUGCAUCUGUAACAGUGUUAUCAGUUAUCCUUGUAGUUCUUGUAGCUCGUGUUUUUAAGGAGCUAAUUUCCGUAGAUGUUGAACAUGAACAUGAACUUUUUCUCAUCUGAUAGAUCGCUCAAGGUCAACAUUCAUGUUGAAAACUAAGUCUAUAGCAAUCUUCUAUUCGUUUGUCUUUGUUCUUACUUUUUGAACUACUCCACACGCAACUGCGCAACCAACGCGAUUCAUUGCAGAAGAUCAAGUAAUCAAUGUAAAAGAGACUCUGAAUGACGACACCAUCAUUAAGAUCCGGACUUCCGGGUGGAAGAAGC